CACCAUGGUUCAGAUGGUAUUAAAGGAGGAAUCAGGCAGCCUGGGAGCAAACCACAGAGAGAAGUACCACAGAGAGCUGCUGAAGACUGACCACUACACCACAGCGGAUCCCAGGACAAGAAAGCCAUGGCGCCCCAGCUCAAGGCACCACCACACCCCCCCAAGGUGCUUCACGGAGACCUGAACAGUCUGAGCGCUGGAGUCAGAAAAUUCAUCGAGGAGAGUGUGCAGGUGUGUUGUCCAGACGCCAUCCACAUCUGCGAUGGGAGCAGCCAGGAGAACAAGGCGAUCCUGGCCAUGAUGGAGGAAGAGGGCAUUAUCAAACGUCUGGUCAAGUACGAGAACUGCUGGCUGGCUCGCACAGACCCCAGGGACGUAGCCCGUGUGGAGUCUAAAACCGUCAUCAUUACUCCUGAACAGAGGGACACCAUCCCCACCCCAAAGCUGGGAACCAGCCUGCUGGGACGCUGGCUGUCAGAGAAGGAGUUUGACAAGGCUUUCAAUGCACGUUUCCCAGAGUGUAUGAAAGGCCGUACAAUGUACGUGAUUCCGUUCAGCAUGGGACCUAUUGGAUCUCCUCUGUCCAAGAUUGGCAUCCAGCUCACAGACUCCCCCUACGUGGUGACCAGCUCCAGGAUCAUGACCCGCAUGGGAUCAGAUGUGCUGAAGGUUCUGGGCAACGAGCAGUUUGUGAAAUGCCUUCAUUCAGUCGGAUGUCCUUUGCCACUAAAGAAGCCUUUGGUCAAUAACUGGGCAUGUAACCCAGAGCUGACAUUGGUGGCUCACAUCCCACAACGCAGGGAGAUCAUCUCCUUCGGGAGCGGUUACGGAGGGAACUCGCUGCUGGGGAAGAAAUGCUUCGCUCUGCGGAUCGCCUCCAAGAUAGGCCAGGAAGAGGGCUGGCUGGCCGAGCACAUGCUGAUCCUGGGAGUCACCAAUCCCGAGGGCCAGAAGAAGUACAUGGCGGCAGCGUUCCCCAGCGCUUGUGGCAAAACCAACAUGGCCAUGAUGAGCCCGACGUUACCGGGCUGGAAGGUGGAGUGUGUGGGAGAUGACAUUGCAUGGAUGAAAUUCGACAAGCAAGGUAACCUGAGAGCAAUCAACCCUGAAAAUGGCUUCUUUGGUGUGGCUCCUGGAACAUCAUUCAAAACCAACCCAAACGCCAUGAAAACCAUCAGCAGAAACACCAUUUUCACCAAUGUAGCAGAGACCAGUGACGGGGGGGUUUACUGGGAGGGCAUGGACCAAGCGCCACCUCCCGGGGUCACCAUCACUUCGUGGAAAAACAAAGAGUGGUCGUCGAACUAUGGAGAACCAUGUGCUCACCCCAAUUCCAGGUUCUGCUGUCCAGCCAAGCAGUGUCCCAUCAUAGACCCCGCCUGGGAGUCCCCUGAAGGAGUUCCUAUUGAAGCGAUCAUCUUUGGUGGAAGGCGACCUAAAGGUGUCCCUCUGGUGUACGAAGCCUUUAACUGGCAGCACGGGGUCUUCAUCGGAGCUGCCAUGAGGUCAGAGGCGACAGCGGCUGCUGAGCACAAAGGGAAGGUCAUCAUGCACGAUCCGUUUGCCAUGAGGCCUUUCUUCGGCUAUAACUUUGGCAAGUACCUGACGCACUGGCUCAGGAUCCAGCACCAUCCCAGCGCCAAACUACCCAAGAUCUUCCACGUCAACUGGUUCCGCAAGGACAAGCAAGGCAACUUCCUGUGGCCAGGCUAUGGGGAGAAUUGCCGAGUGCUGGAGUGGAUGUGCAGGAGAAUCAAUGGCGAGGACUGUGCCACGCCAUCUCCCAUCGGCCUCAUUCCUGGAGAUAAAGCGCUCAACAUCAAGGGCCUCGACAACAUUAACUUGACCGAGCUGUUCAGCGUGGAGAAAGAGUUCUGGGAAGAGGAAGUGAAAGCCAUCAAGAAGUUUUUUGAGGAACAAGUCAACGAAGACCUUCCCAGGGAUGUAGCCAAUCAGCUGGUGCAGUUAGAGCAGAAGAUAAGGCGAUUGUAACAGACACUUGACAAAAUUGAAGGUCGAUCUCCAUAUUCCCUUAUUUGUUCUCAUGAAAUGGAACAUCCCCUGAUAACUUCUCAAUCGUAAAGCAUCUGUUAACAUCUUUCACAAUUUUUUUCCACUUAACUAUCAGGACAUUUACCAAAGUUUUCGCUCACCUCCUGAAGAGCUGGUUUGUUCUUUCAGCCCUUUUGAAUUGGUAGGGGAGCAGAACAAGGCCAAUAACUGGCCUGUUAACCUGCAUGUGUGGCCAUAGAGAGGUGGGGUGGAGAGGGGGGGAGUAACACUCAAAUCCUUACUCAAUGUUCCCUGCUGAAAAGUAGGCAUUCAUAGACAUCCGAAUUACAAUCGAGCAGAAUUGUAGGCGCUAUAUCAAAUUAUUACUAUCAUUUAGAUUGAAACUAAAAGACCUUUCAGUGGACAUUAAGAUUAUUGUAAAUCGCUACGCUACAACAGUCAGGCGAACUGAGCAACAUCAUGUGGAAUCACGUUGGAUUAGACUUAUUGCAUUAUCAAAAACAGCUUCUACUAAAAUUAUAUCCAAUAUUAUUGUCUUAAUGUUAAAACUGUCCAAUAAUUUAUAAUAAUCGUUACCUGGAAAAAAAAUUGCCUGUGUUUUUUAUAAGUGUGUUUUUUAUGUAACUUAUUGGGGUUUUAGUAGAUGUUUGACAUGUGUUAGGAGAUGGAUAGAGAUUUGUCUCUGUUGCUAAUACAGUGAGUAAACGAGGCUUCCGUUCAUUCAAAAAUAAACUUGAUUUUUUUGGAA